GGAGCGACCGGUUGAGCGAUCCGAUUGUUGCACCGAUAGUUCGGCAGCUAUAUAUUCCAAGUCGGAACCGAAUCGUUUGCAUCGCCCGCUGUUCGUUCCCCAGUCAAAUUUGUGUGUUGUGUGCGCCAAUUUCAGCGGGGGCCAAAAUCGAUAAUCUGGUUGUGUGAUUUUCGCGGCUUUUUUUUUGUGUUUUCUUUUAAAAAACAAUCAAUACCCGAAGGUAACGUGUGUAGACAACUAACAAUUCACCUCAGUGUGCGUUUGCAUUCGUUGACGCUUGACAUAUUGGUACACAUUUUAUUAUUAUUUUACCUUGUUUGUCGUUUUCAAAACUCAAAUUGCAUGCGAAACACGAAUCAAAUCCAGUCGAAUGAAAUCGAAUCCAAUCGAAUCACUAUCUGAAUUCAGAACCACCGAAUCGGAAUCAAAAUCUGGUAUGGGAAUCCUUCGAAUCAACCAACAAAUAUCGCACCGGGUUCAGGAAAAAGGAUGCUCGGAUUGUGGGAUGGGUCGUUGUGGUAAGGGGGUCGUGGGCGGGGGUUCUUAACCCAGAACGCGCUUAAGGCCCCUUCGCACGACCUAAAUUCCGCAUGGAAUCGCCGCUUUUGAGGCUUAAAAGAGGUCUAUAAUGUGACUGGCAAAGUAAUGUAGCUUAUUUAUAUUUUAGUUUCAUUCACAACAUUUAAGUUUACAGAAUUCGAGUAGUAUAACGGGAUAUAAGGGAAACUUAGCCCGUGCAGAUGAGCCCUAAUCCCACCUACUAUGCACACACAUGCAGUUGUACCCUUGCACGUACUACACACAUUGCCACUGUAUGCGUAAACUUUUGGCCUGGCUAAAAAACCAAAAUAAAGAUGAAAAAAUGAAGAAAGUGCGAAACAGAAAACAUGUUAAUAUUAAAGCAAAUGUCCCGUGCUAACGCGCCCGCCCCCACCUGUGCUAUUGGGCCCUGGGCUUUUCACCUGAUUUCCGAUCUUACAUACGUUCGCAUGUACAUAAUGUACACUUGAUUUGCGUGGAGUAUGUACAUACACAUGUAUGUACAUUCACGUAUUCACAAGAUUAGCAUUUUACGCCCUAUUUAUUUGUGCGCGAGUGUGGGUGCAUUCCCUGGCUCCAGGAGCGGAGUCGGCGGGGUCAUUUUGGGGCGUCACCCCCCAAAACAGUUUCAAUUGUAAUAAAAUUUAGUGGAUACAGCAUAAUUCCGAUUUAAAAUUGCCUUUGAUCAAAUUAAAAACUUAGCCACCCUCUCGCUCCGGCCCUGUAUUUUAAGACAUUGGCUUAACACGGCGAUCUUAUUGACUUAUUUUGACCCCCUUACCUUAUCCCAUGCAUAUACAUAUACGUAUGUUGUCUCGUUACCUUCUCCGAUUUAUAGUCAUCGCCUUACGCACCUUCGUAUAAUUCGAGUACACACGGCUACGUGUACUUUCCGCCCGGCUGUGCCGCAUUCGAAGACAUAAUACAGCACGGGGUAACAUAAUAGCACCUAAUAGCCGUUGUCAGUAUUACCAACUUGAUUCUAUAAUAUUCGAGAUGUUUGCUUAUCAUAAACGAAUAAAAAGUUUAUUUUUAAAUCAGCUUUUCGUGAUAUAGUCGAAAAUGAAGACAAGAUGAUGGAUCUAGUCAGUAGAUAAUGUCAACGAUAAGGUCUAAGAAGAAUGGUAAUCAAAAAGCGUCCAUCAUACAUACACACACAUGCAUGAAUUUGUGUAGUUAGAGCUGCAUUAUGUAUUAUUAUUAACUAUUAACAAGUUGUUAGUUUGCAAAUUGUAUCAUUCAUUACAUCGUGAUUAAUGAUUAAUAAGUAUCAUUGAGGCAGCUUUUAUCUAUAUUGCGAAUUUUGGUGUUUAAUGAGGGUAAAAGAGCAUGUUUAUCUAUAACUGAAAUUAGGAACUUCCUGUAUCAAGCGAAAACCAGUUAACGAAUUGACUAUCACAAUUUCAAGGUUUAUUUUCCGUAAUCAUUUUUUAUGGAAUAUACGUACAUAUAUAUUAUUUGCUUGUCAAAUUAGCGAAUAUUUUCUCGUAUAAUUGUUAAUUACACAUUUGGGACUCUAAAAGUGUUGAUCAUUAUGUAGAUAAGUUUUUGUUUAGGAGGUAGAUUUUGCUUUACUUUGGCACAAUCUUCUAUAUCUGAUAUAUAAACAAAUAAACCUUAAACUGAGAUUAAAUUUAGUAUGAACGAUACAAUAAUGUUUCAUUCGUGUGGUGGUGAAGUGGAUGUGUUUGGGCUAUUUCCCACAUGGUACGCAGAUCCUACUAACUGGGUGCGGUCAUCUCCAUCCAAAACUCUGGUUUCGGUGCGCAUGAGUGAGAGGACAUGGACGUAGUAUACUUACUGGGUUUUUUAAUUUUUCAUUUGGCUGCGGUUCGUUGCGUGGGGGGGUGAGAGGAUAUCUUUGCUGGUUUGGUUGGGUUCUCGGUUGGUUUUGCAUUCGGAUGAUUAGCUUUUAACUACCGCCUACCUACCUACUCAUUUUACAUGCUGAUGUUAUUGUCGUUCUAUAUGUAUGACCCGACCUGACACUUUCGUAUUUCACAUAUAUAAUACAAUAGAAUGGGCACAGAAACCAAGAGCAACAGUUACACAGGACAGAUUUCAACAAGUGGCGGCAACCCCAAAGUGAUGAAAGAUUCUUUAUCCUUAGUUCGUCAGACGGUCAAUCAGCAAACGCUAUCGCUAUCGCAAUCGAACCAGGUCCAGAACCAAUUGAAUUCACAUUCGAAUUCCAAUUCGUAUCCAAAUCCAAGCGGGAGCGAAAACAAAAACGAAAACGAACAAAAUUCGCGCGAUAUUCGAGCCAAACCGGAGGAUAAAUCCAGAAAAGAGGCAAUUGUACCAUUUGUACCCAUAUUUGUUGAGGAGGCCGACGUAAUUCAAGGGGCCAAGGAACUGUUGAAGGUUAUACGACCGACCUGGGACCUCAGCCACGUCGAGUUUAAGAUCAGGGUAGUUCCGCAGAUCGAAGAUCGUUAUCCGGCCCAAAAUGCGAUGGUGAUGAUGACGCUAGUUUUACCGAUGGCAUCACAAACAAACUGGUCGGAUGUUUUCAUAAGGAGAUCUCCAAACUGAACGAUGAGAACGGCGGAUCGUAUUUACCUAUCAAGACGCAGGGUUUGUCGCCCGUUCAGUCCGAGGAUCCAGUCAUCAUUGAGAAGGAGGACGAUGAUGAGUUCACAGACGAUCGGGCAGCGGACGACGGGUCACCUGUACAGUACUCCGAUAACGUAGUGCUCGUCAGGAUAUACGGUAACAAAACGGACCUACUGAUAGAUCGCAAGGCGGAGACGCAAAACUUUCUUCUACUGCAUACGUAUGGGCUAGCGCCAUCGCUGUAUGCCACGUUCAAGAACGGUCUCGUCUACGAAUACGUACCUGGAACCACCCUGAAUACGGACAGUGUGCUCUGUCCAGAAAUUUGGCCCUUGGUCGCCCGUCGCAUGGCCGAGAUGCAUCGCAAGGUGAGAAAGCACGGGGAUAGUUCGGCGACCAAACCCAUGCCGAUGAUUUGGAAGAAGACGCAGAGCUUUCUUGAUUUAGUACCUGAACGUUUUAGUGAUGCUGAAAAACACAAAAGAGUGAAAGAAACGUUUCUACCUAUCGGCCGCCUGCGCGAGGAGUUCAACAAGCUAUAUGAAUACCUCGAGGCUCUGGACAGUCCGAUUGUCUUCUCCCACAACGAUCUUCUGCUGGGAAAUGUGAUCUAUACGCAGAGCCUGAAUACGGUGAACUUCAUCGACUACGAGUAUGCCGAUUACAAUUUCCAGGCCUUCGACAUUGGCAACCACUUUGCGGAGAUGUGCGGCGUGGAUGAGGUCGACUAUUCGCGCUAUCCGAAGCGCGAGUUCCAGCUCCAGUGGCUGAGGGUCUACCUUGAGGAGUACCUACAGCGCAGCAACAUUCAAAACGACGAAGUCGAACUGCUCUAUGUCCAGGUCAAUCAGUUUGCGCUGGCAUCGCAUAUCUUUUGGACGGUGUGGUCCCUGUUGCAAGCCGAGCAUUCCACUAUCGAUUUCGACUACGUAGGCUAUGCAUUUCUUCGUUAUAAUGAGUACUUGGCUCGAAAGGUGGAGUUUUUGUCAUUGACUGCAGCUAAGAACAAUAAGUGAUUUCUCUCUCCCGGCCACUCAGCGCAUUGGGAGUUACUACAUUAUGUGCCCAGUGAUAUAUGUAUAAACUAAGGCUGGAACGGGUCUCAAUGUUAUACAUAUGUAUAUAUAUAACGUGUGUUCAGAAAUCAGAAACAAAAACCGAAACAAACUUAAAUUAGUGUCGUGUUCGUGCCAGCCUUAGUGUAUGUACAGUGCUCACUCGAAACAGUGGACUAUUGAGAACCAAGGGUGUGCACUGAAUCGAAUUUGUUCACUAUAACGAAUCACAGAAAAAAUAAACAAUUUAAUAUAUUUUUCAAAAACACCACGUUUGAAAAAAUUUAAUUUUUUUACUAAGUUAAGCGAAAGUUUCUAAAAUUUCAUAAAUUAAUCGUUCACUUUUACUAAAAAGUUCACAUAUUCGAGUGUUCACUCUUAAGGGAGGGCACUGUAUAUAUAAAGAAUUUGUAUAUGUUCUUUAAUUUGUAUAAAUUGAUAUUUUGUAGUCAUAAUAAAGCGAAGGUAUGUACUUU